CAACAGAUGCACUAUGGACAGAGAGGGUGUGGCCAUAGUUAGUGCUGCUGAGUUUCACCUGAGAACAAAAUAAGCAAGCUUCACCAGUACUGAAGCACAGACGGGCCUCGAAGGACAUAUUUUUACUAUCAAUUAUUUUUCCACUUUAAGGGUUGUGAUGGAGUUUGUAUUCACAAGUGUGAGGCUAAAGGUGGUCGUGCUGAUUCUGGUAACAAUUCAGCUGCAGACAGAUGUGACACAGGCGAUGGAGAUAACAUCCUCGGGGCCACAGACCAUUCAAAAACCCCAGUAUGACACAGUCAACCUGGGAUGCACCUUCACCCCUGGCCCCCAAGACACAGGAGAGCUGGACAUUGAGUGGUCCAACGUCAGUCCAGACAUGACGCAGAAAGACAAACUGAUCUUAUCAUAUUCAGGAGGCCAGACACACCACUAUGGCGACCCCAGCUUCACCCGGAGGGUCAGCUUCAUCGGGGACCCCAAGCAGGGAGACGCUUCCAUCGCUGUCUCAAAUGUGAGGCCCUCAGACACAGCCACUUACCAGUGCAAGGUCAAGAAGACGCCGGGCGUCGACACACGGAAAGUCACUCUGGUGGUGAUGGUUCCGCCAUCGGUGCCAAAGUGUUGGGUUGAAGAUGGCGAGGAGAAAGGUGGCACAGUCUCCCUCCGCUGCAAAUCCUCUCAGGGAUCCACUCCUCUCACUUAUGUGUGGAGGAGAGAGAGCGGAGGUCCGAUGCCACCCACUGCAACCCAGGACCCACAGUCUGGGGAGCUUUUGAUAAGGAACCAUACAGACAGCAACACUGGGAGUUAUGUGUGUGAGGUGAAAAAUGCUGUUGGCAGUGCACAGUGCAAAUAUGCACUGCGUGCAUAUAACCCAACCAACAAGGUGGGUGUCAUAGUUGGAGCGGUGAUUGGUGCUCUCUUGCUGUUUCUCCUCCUCCUGCUUCUCAUCUGGCUCCUGAUCUGCUGCUGCCAUAAGCGUCGCUAUGAGAAAGAGGUCGCAAAUGAAAUAAGGGAGGACGCCCCGGCCCCAGAGAGCCGACCCUCCAGCAGAAACUCCAGCUUCCGCUCAGUGUUGGGGUACCGCACCCACCCCGGGGUGCACUACAGCUCUGCUGGGAACCACCUGCCCAGUAUCAAUGAAUCUGGAAACGGUGUCAUCUACACAGACGGGAGUAAUGGGAUGUCACCGCCAACUUCUCCAGGGGGCAAACUUGCUCAUCUCCAAUAUGACCAUAAAUACGGAUACCCUGUGUAACCACAAUCCACAUGCAUCAAGGACUCUCUAUCUUUAAUAUAAAACUACAGCCUAUGAGGAAAAGACUUUUUACUUUUAAGAUAAAGCAUCUUGUAAAAAAUUCUCUCUGUAUAGUAUGUUUGUGACAAAUGGUGCAAUAUUAAGUGGAGAACAAUGGGAGUGCUGGUAAACAACUACUGGGGACUCACAAAUUCUUACCUCAGCUGUGGGAUAAACAUAAAUGUGCGACUAGCUGACUUUCAUGAUGCGCUGUACCACAUCACUGUUGUUGAAAACAAGAAUAGGUUCUCAUAAUCUAACUCAUUAUUAUAUACUGAUUAAGCUAAAACUGUAGGUACAUGUACAGAGUAAAAAUGGUGUAUUUUUAUUUUAUUUUUUCUAUGACGCAUAUGUAACUCAAUCAGUCUAUAACUGUUUUUUUUUUUUUUUUUUGAAUAUGUACAAUAAAAAAUUUUUAACAAGGGGAGGAAUCAUUUACUAAAGUUAAUUGAGUGAGUUGUAUUUUUUAGCAUCAUAAUGAAAUCAGACAUUGUGUUUUAACAUGCAAAAUUAGGUAUAAAAACAGUUAAAUUAUAUGUCCAGAGGUUCAAUUACAACUUAGCUAGAGAGGGUCGUUACAUUGGAGAGUUUGGAGAGAUCAUUAAAAAUAAACAUUGUGCAAAAUGA